AAACCGUGAGUUACUGCAGCCUACUCAGUAAGGGGUGAAUCGAACGAAUCAAAACAAGCGUGGAUCGAUUCUUUGAAAGAAUCGAAUCAGUGAAAAGAAUCAUAAUAUCCGUCGGUACAGAUGAAUGGGCAGUCGGUCGAGGCUGCUUGUUUUUACCUCAGUACGGUGCACUGAGGGAGCAGCGAGGCUUUUUCCCGGCCUCGCUGGCUUACCCAAAACCCCAAAACAGCUCAGAACCACGACAGGACCCUCCACAGCCUCUUAAUCAGCUCUCAUUCGCAACCGUCGGCUUGCUGUGUUCACAGGAAGAUGAAGUUCACAGCCUGUUCUCGUCGGCGGCGAGCUCUGACCCAUGGAUGUCGUUUCCGCCUUUCGCCUUCAGCCAGCAGCCGAGCGGAUGCGCCUCUUCCCUCUGAUGCGGUCCCAUUUUAUGGAUUCUGAUAUGGACUAUGAGAGGCCAAAUGUCGAGACCAUCAAGUGUGUGGUUGUCGGGGACAACGCAGUGGGAAAGACCCGGCUCAUCUGUGCCCGGGCUUGCAAUGCCACCCUGACCCAGUACCAGCUGCUCGCCACACAUGUUCCCACUGUCUGGGCCAUAGACCAAUACAGAGUGUGCCAGGAGGUGUGUUUCUCCAACCAGGUUCUAGAGCGAUCUAGGGAUGUGGUGGAUGACGUCAGCGUGUCCUUGCGGCUCUGGGACACGUUCGGGGAUCAUCACAAGGACCGUCGUUUUGCUUACGGACGGUCUGAUGUGGUGGUGCUGUGUUUCUCAAUCGCUAACCCAAACUCAUUGCACCAUGUGAGGACCAUGUGGUACCCUGAAAUCAAACACUUCUGCCCCAGAGCUCCUGUCAUCCUUGUGGGCUGCCAGCUGGACCUGAGAUACGCCGACCUCGAGGCGGUGAACAGAGCACGGCGCCCACUGGCGAGGCCCAUAAAAUCCAACGAGAUCUUGCCACCAGAGAAGGGCCGUGAAGUAGCAAAAGAGCUUGGUGUCCCAUACUACGAGACCAGCGUGGUCGCCCAGUUUGGUAUCAAGGAUGUAUUCGACAAUGCUAUCCGUGCUGCCCUGAUUUCACGCCGCCACCUGCAGUUCUGGAAGUCGCACUUACGUAACGUCCAGCGGCCUCUCCUCCAAGCCCCAUUCCUUCCUCCCAAACCUCCUCCGCCCAUCAUCACGGUGCCACCUCCCCCCAGCAGCAUGGAAGAGCACCCAGGACGUCUGCUGGAGGACCCACUGUGCGCCGACGUCGUCCUUGUGCUCCAGGAGAGCCAAAGAAUCUUCGCUCACCGUGUCUACCUCGCCACGGCCUCGUCCAAAUUCUACGACCUUUUCCUCGUUGACCAUCGGACUCCUGAGGACAAAAAAGAGAAAGAGCGUGCUCGGGUGCCUCUUUCCGGCCGUGAGCUGCUGAUGCGAGCGGCCAGCUUUGAUGUUUGUGAGAGCAGUGACGAUAGGGAACGAGCGAACCUACGCGCCUGCACCAGCGAUGGGACGCUUAGAGGAGGCGAAGGAGGCCGUCUGCUCCCUGCAUUCAGCCGAGCCUUUGUUAGUGUGCGGGAGGAAAUGGUGGAUGAUCCCUUGACCUUUAACUCCAGGCCAAUGACGGUGGUGCACAUGGACCCGUCCAUGCAGCUGGGGCCAUUCCGUGCUGUUUUGCGCUAUCUCUACACAGGGAAGCUGGAUGAGCAUGAGAAGGAACUGAUGCAGGUGGCUCAUAUCGCUGAGCUGCUGGAGGUUUUUGAUCUCCGCAUGAUGGUGGCCAACAUCCUGAAUGAUGAAGCUUUCAUGAACCAGGAGAUCACCAAGGCCUUCCAUGUGAGGCGCACCAACCGGAUCAAGGAGUGUCUAGCUAAGGGGACCUUCUCUGAUGUUGUGUUCAAGCUGGAUGAUGGUACAAUAAUGGCCCAUAAGCCUUUGCUCAUCUCAAGCUGCGACUGGAUGGCAGCCAUGUUUGGAGGACCAUUUGUGGAGAGCUGUACUAAAGAGGUGUUGUUUCCAAACACAACCCGUAGCUGCAUGCGUGCGGUGCUGGAGUAUCUCUACACUGGCCGCUUCUGUUCUCGCCCAGACCUGGAUGCCAUGGAGCUCAUUGUUCUUGCAAACCGUCUCUGUCUGCCUCACCUGGUUGCACUGACAGAGCUUUACACUGUGACUGUGCUUAUGGAGGCUGCUAUGAUGGGAGCUGAUAUUGAUGGAGAAGUACUGGUUUAUCUGGAAAUGGCUCAGUUCCAUGGUGCCCACCAGUUAGCUGGAUGGUGCCUCCACCACAUCUGCACUAAUUACAACAGCGUCUGCCGCAAGUUCCCUCGUGACAUGAAGGCUAAGUCUGCAGAGAACCAGGAAUACUUUGAGAAGCAUCGCUGGCCUCCGGUGUGGUACCUCAAGGAGGAUGAUCAUUACCAGCGAGCCCGCAAAGAGCGUGAGAAAGAGGACUACCUGUACCAGAAACGCCAGUGUAAGCGCAAGUGGCUCUUCUGGAAUCUUCCAUCCUCACCCUCUUCCAACUCUCCGUCCUCUCCUGGGUCCUCUGCUGUCAUGUGAUUAAUCAAAGUUGAAGGCCGUAUUGAACUGCCAUUAGAUGGAAAUGCACGCAUCAGCAGUGACAGCCAUUUUGCCAAAAAUAUACAGGCGACAUCUUCUAACUACUGAGCAGGAAUCCAUACCUGAAAAAAAAAACAAAAACAAAAAAAAAAAAACAGGAAGGUGAGCCAGAGACUGUAAGACUUUUUUUUUUGUGAAGCUUUGAUCCCUUGGCUGCUCACACACACACGCAUUCGGACAAGACCCAGCAGAUAAAAAGUGCUCAGUGUCAUAAAUCAUGUGAACAUACAUCAGAUUAUUUUUGUGCUAUGAAACCACUUGAACACAGCCCAGCAAAAUGGCAGACGUUGUUUUUAGAAUGGGAUUUAAGAGUUGUUGUUUUUUUUUUUUUUAACCAAUAAAUCACCAGUACUAUGGUGAUGUGCUGCAUGGAUGAGCAUGCAGAUUGUUACAUUAGGCUUUCUCAGUGGCACAACUGAGUUGUCUGGCAUCAAAUGGCGUACUGGCUCCUGCUCUUGCAGAAUGUUAAUAGUGCCCGAAUGGCCCUGACUGUGACUUUGACAGCGAAUUGUUUAUCAUUUUCACUGGGGUCUAUUUUUUAUGAUGAUCAUUCGGAAAAGGGCUCUCAUUUUUCAUCGUCAUACUUUGACCCUCUCUCCUUUUUUGCUAGCAAAAUAGGAGGUUGAUGACGAUAAUGGCAUUGCAAACACACCAUUAUUCAACAUUAUUCAGAAUGAUAAUCUAAAAAAAAAAAAACUCACCACUGUUCACCACUUCAAAUACUCACCACUGUUCGUAAUCACAAAACUCAAGACCUCAAAGAUCUGAACUCCAACAUUCUAAAGUCAGACUUGGAGUCUCAACACAAAGUGUGGGCACAGCGUCUUAACCAAGGUAAACUCAUGAAUGCUUUACUUUAGGAAUGCUGACCCUCCUUCUUGAGAGAUGUCCUUCUGCAAAAGUUUAGUCCCUGCCUACUAUAUCGCAUCAAAAUCUAACCUUUAGAUGCUCCUGAGAACCACUGCAUCGAUACGGUGUUCGAUUAUUGUAUGAACUAAACUUUGCAAGGUGGUAGAUCUCCAUGAAUGGGGAUCAUUCUUGGUUUAUUUUGUGAACACUGCACGUCACACACUCUCAGAAUGAUAGCAUAAGAUAUUCAAAUAUAUUUACCCAGUAGGCUCAUGGGCAGGCCCAUGAGUAGGCCAUUUUUAUCAGAAUGUAUUUGCAGACAGUAUUACUGUCUAUUGUAGAGAGCACAUAAUGCUUAUGUCUUGGUCAUUUAAAGUACGAAUUAAGUUUUAGAACUCUGAAGUAACUGUAGAAUAUGAAUCUGAAAAUCUAUUAUCCUUGUAUGAGGUAGCGCUAAACAGUGACAAGAAAAAAUGUUUACGGAAUGUGAAAUGCCACUAAGUUAAACCAAGCUUUUAAAUAGAAUGCUGUUUACAUCGCUUCAUUUGAACCCGUAAGAGAUGGGGAUACUGCAAGCAUGAUGCAUAUUAAGUAGUUUCCAAUAGAACCACUCAGUUUUUAAUUUACACCCUCUAUUCCUAGCCACUGAUCUGCUUAUGAUGCUGAUUUGUAUGAAUGGCUAGUAUGUAAAACAGAAAGAAUGGAUAAUCUAAUUUUUACUUAGAAUAUUACUUUUUUUUGUUACUACUCAUAAUCAUAGAAUCUGUGUAUGCGAAUAGUUUAAGCGGGGCAGUGAAUGCUAUGUAAGUGGUUGUUUAUGGCAAAAUGGAGUCCUACUGGUGCAGAUGUCUUCUGAAGGUCACAUGCUGGGAUCUUCAUACAUAUCUGGCAAGUAUAAUCUAAUAAUGCGACCUUUUCAGUAUCUGUGAGACAAAAUUGAUUUUAUGAAAUGUUAUUACUUCAGACCUUCAGAGGGUGAAUGAGUAGAGAUUGUAUUUAGAGAAGCUUGCGGAUGGCAUGACUACUUUCAAGAAAUCAGUGUGGUAGGCACCAGCACAAACUUUGUUUACAUCAAUAAUCCUUCAAUUUUUGGAAAGUAAUGUCAAGAUACAAGGUGUUUUCAGUGGUAGAACCAGUUUGUGCCAAGAAUCUAAACCAAGUUGAAUGCCUUUUCUGAGAUUCUAGGUACCAGUGAUAAAUUCAGGAAAUAUUACACUGGACUUACCUAUCUGUCCCGAGUUGAAGAUUGAAGUGUGUUAUUCCAGCCGUAGGUUAUCUCUUACUAGCCUUCGGACUUAAUCACUUUGGGCUAUAACUGGUCUGUGAUCCAACAUCUGGGCUUGAUAGCUAGUAUCUGCAAGGCAAACCAGAUGUUUGCUUUGGGGAAUGCAUACAAUAACAUCCUCCUGCAAGCAUGUAUCUUCAUCUAUGUUCCUCUAUAGCAGAGGUGUCAAACAUUAUAUUUAAUCCAAUGUCUAGGAGAAAAGGGUUUGUGAUUGCAGAAGUAUUCACCCUGGUUGUUGUGAAAUCCCUAAAUUUUAGGGUUUUUUUUUUUUAAAGAGACAUGGUUACAUUGUCAAUUUUUUUAGCAUGAUAAUGAAGAAUUAUAUAUCAUUAGCACAUUUUGUCAGUAGCUAAGGUUACUGAGUUUAUUGCUUUAUUCUGCCCCCUAGUGGACUAACAGAGAUUAUCUUUUCCCCCAACUAUUUCAGUUCAAUUACAGUCCACAAGACAAUUUUAGAUCCAUAUGUUUGACACCACUGCUGUAUGAUCAAAUUAUGGCAUGAACUCUGUUGUCUAGUGUUGCAUUUGACUAAAACUUGUAACACAGAAUUUCUGACCGAAAAAACAAAGAAAAUGCCCCUCAACUCAGAAUUCCUACUCGCAACUCCAAAUGGUCUCCUCAACCCUGAGUUCAGCAAGUAACGUCAAAUCAACAUAGCUUCUCAGAGAAUGAACAGUAAACAAUGUAGUACUUCUUACCUUUAAAUGAGUUACACUGUGUAUAUACAAGUAUUUGCUUUAGAUCAACCUACAUAGAUAUUAGAUUAUUAAAUAUUUAACAUUGGCUAUACAGAACAUUGUUUUGAGGAGGAACAUAAACAUGACUCAUCACAGUUAGAUGGCUUGUUAACAAAAAGAUGAACAUGAAGGUAUCUGUGGAUUUUUUUCUAACUUUUUGGUAGCUCGAUUGCACGGAGGUCGAAAAUGAUGUAGUUCCAAGGUACGUCAAAUGUAGCAUUAAACUAAACAGCAGCCUAGAUGGAGAAACUCAUCUAUGGAGAACCCCCAACCUCAAGUGGUUCAGAGUACCUUUACAGGUUUUGUACACUACGGAUGGCUGUCACAGUUCCAGGUUUAUAGAAUACUAAUGGAUACACAGGAUAGCUGCCCUCAAAACCACCCUACUUCGGGAUUGUUAGAACCCCAAAAAGACAGACUUGUACUCAACCUUUGACCUUUUUCCCAGUGUUUUGGAAAUGUAUUAAAAGUCUUUGCUGUGUUGCAACUGCUAAACAAUUAACAUGAACUAAAUUUGAGAAAGUGAUAAUCUGGGUGGAGUUAAAGAUUAAGUUGGAGCUUCUUCUGAAGAACAAGGGUGGAGCUAUCAGAGAUACCAAUUCCAAAGUACGGUUUUAUAGAAAUCGAGGUGUAGAGCAAAGACUGUAACAUAUAAUUUGUCAAAGAAAGUGCUUAGGCAUGUGUGAGUAUACAAGUGGACUUCAUUAUCCAUCAUAUUUAUGUCUACAUUUCAUUGGAUGUCCAUCCAUGAUGGAGAAUCCACAAAAAACCCUUUCUUUCAAAAUACAGUUUGUUACAUUUAUUUAUUUGAAAUCGAUAAACUUGAGUGAAGUACCAGCUAUGCUAUUACAUAAACAUUUGGUUCCAUGGCAUUUCAUUCAGAUAUGCUUGUCUCCUUUCUGAAUAUAUCCUGUAAUAUAGGUGGUAAAAGAGGCACCUUCUAGCAAGGUAGAUUGUUUUAAUCACUAAUACAUCGUCUGUAUAUAAAAAAGAAAGUGUUAGAGUUGUUCGUUUGGUUAGGGCUCUGUGAUUAUAACAGCAACUAACUGUUUUAUUAUGAUUGAUAUUGUGCUAGUGAUGUCUUAAUGUGCUAAACAAAGAUUUCAGUCACUGUAUAGGAAUAAGUGUAAUUCCACAGACUUCUCAAAAAGGUAGUUUAUGAGAAAUACUGAAAAUAAGUGCACAGUUGGUCUUUAUUGACCAUAAUUCUAUAUAUGAUUAAUUCUGAAGGUCACAUAGUUACAUCUUGGAAUCUCUGAGAAUAUUACAGAUUAAAAAUACAGACUGAAACUGUACAUAAUUAAGCAUCACAGUGUAUAUAAGUACAUACGUUCAUAAAUCUCAGAAGAUUUUUUUUUUUUUUUUUUUUUCAAAUUUGUCAACAGUCCAUCAGAUACCUUGCUGCUGUCCAGUGGAAACUUUGUAAUUUCCUUUUUUGUUUUUUUUUAAAGAGAGAGAUUUAAAUUAAUUUUGUCUUACAGCUUUUCAGGAUUCUUUGAAGACCUUUCUAAGCACCUAGUAUUGAGAAGAUGAUGCUUGCUGUUUAGGUACUAACAAAACUAAAUGCAACAAUUGUAAAAUGUUUUUGUUGGACAGCAACGCUUUAGACCAGGUAAACACAUUUAGGAAUUUCUCAGUAAGUCAGCUGUAUCCAUAUCUGCUGCUGCAGUCGAGACACCCCAUGCCUUAAUGUAAAUGAUUCUCUUUUACAGUAAAGGGUUCUUUUCACUCUAUACUGUACGUGUUUGUACUGAAACAUGGUGAAACUUUGUAAGUACCAAACAUGCUGCACACUGUAUAUCUAUUCAUCAUGUACUAGCAUCCAUACUACCAUACCUUUGGGACAUAGUGUGUGAUUUUGAUUGCUUUAUUAGCCAGCUUUAUUUUUUUAAAAAAAGGCUCUUUAGAGAAAAUGUCUUUGUGAUCGAAAGGUACCAUUGUUAAUAGCCUUUAAGGCCUUAGAAAUUAGUAAAUGCAGUUUGCUGCUUCAACCACCCCCAUGACAGCCCACGGCCGGUAAAAUCAAUGCAGGGAAUUCCACUUCUAAUUUGUCUUUCAUUAUUACUGACUCACUGAAAUGCUAUUUAACACUCCGUAGAUGCUGCAUAUAAAUAGUUGAGCAGGUAACGGGAGUGCGUUAAGACUAGAAACCUAUUAUGUGCAUGUAAUAGACUUCUUGAAUGAAUGUUCAGCAUCUAACACUGCUUUAGAUUUGAAUAAAUAUAUACUAGCAGACAGCUGAGCACUAUGCAGUAUAAUAUAGGCUACUGUACGCUAUGUACUGCACUUCAAUGCAGUUUUAGACACUAAGGCACGCUCUGACUACGACUAUCUAUUAUAUUAACACUAGAAUGUGUAAAAAGAGCAAAAUCCUGAAAUGUUUCCCAUGUUCUCGGUGCUAACAUACCACCGCUGCAAAGAAGCACAAACCAAAGGGAGAACAAGCACCCCCAAGAGAUGUGUUUUUGCUGCACAAUCACAGCUAGUCACUCUGUCAAGGAGUCACCGAUGUUAAAUAGUUGAAUACAAAACUUGAAUGUUUUCUCAGUAUUACCAAGAUGAUGCUGACAUUUUUUAUUUGGUGUGUGGUCUGGAUUGGGGGGGUGGGGGAGGGGGGUA